AUGGAAAACAUGGAUGAUGAUAUGGACUUCAACUCUGAACAAGUCCAAAAGGUAGCUCAAUAGGCAGUCGAAUUAGUUGUUGGAUCAGACAAUAUCGUCUACCAAAAAGAUAAAGUUAACUAAUGGUGCCAAUAAAUCAUUGAAACCUGCAUUAAAGAUCUAGCAAAGCUAUAGAAGCCAUUCAAAUACGCGGUUACUUGCAUCAUUACAUAAAAUAACGGCUCAGGUUUAUAGACAGCAGCAACUGCUUAUUGGGAGACUAAAAAGGAUGGAUUGAUUUCAGUGUAGUUAGGAUCAGCAACUUUCUAUUGCAUCGUUACUAUAUUCGCAAUGUCUAUCUGA